AUGGGGUCGCCAUUACCACCGGAUCCGUACCUGGCCUUGGGAGUGCCCAAAGAUGCCACCACGGCCAACAUCAAGACUGCUCACCGCAAGCUGGUGCUGAAGUGCCAUCCUGACAAAGUCACUGAUCCCGCUGCCAAGGAGGAAGCCUCCGACAAGUUCCACAAGAUCCAAACAGCCUACGAACUUCUGGUCGAUGAGGACAGGAGGGCACGAUACGAUGCGCAGCUUAGACUGGCAGAGCUGAGAAAGGAGGCCAUGGAACGGCAGGGAGGUUCAGGCUCACGUGCAACAGAGUCACGCUCGGCGCCUUCGCCCUACAAGACGUCACAUGAGCCUAUGCCGAGAUCUGGACACGGCACACGCAGCUCAGAACGAGUUGCGCCACAAUAUGAGGAGCGGAAGCCAUCGUACGCUGCUGCAGAGUCUUACUUUGACCCACCACCCAGACCCACGGCCCGAAAGGAGUCUGAAUAUGAGCGCUCGUCACGAAGAUCUGGCCACGAUGUCAAGGAGAAAGAGAAGCCCCGGGGAUUUUUCAGCCGAAGCACCAAGGAGAACGAGCGUGACCGCCGGAAGGAGAAGGCGAGAAAGGCCGAGAAGGACACUAGGAAGGACCGUGACCGCAAGCACACACCGUAUGCAGAAGAUGAUUCCGAGAGCGGUGAAUCUGAGUACGCACGAUGGGCCAAAGAAGUGCGCGACCACGAUGAGGAACGAAAGGCCAAGGAAGAAUACUACAACAAGGCUCGCCAGCAGCAACAGGCAGCAGACGAUUACCACGACGAUCGAACACGCAAGAUGUUCUCUGCCAGCAACGAUGCCAGGGACUACAUUCAGCAAUCUAUGCGAAGUCGACAACGGCCAGAUUCCGAGCGUCGGCCAUCUCCUGUGCGUAUGAGCUCGUCAAGGGACAACACGGACUACCUGAAAGGCAGAGAUGGACGUCCAGCUGCAGUGCGGAAGGUGUCGGAACGACCAAAGCUUGCCACUCGCGACUCUGAGAGAAAGACGUCCUCGCGUCGCGCGGAGCGGCGAACGAGCGCUGAUGGCAUUGCUGAAGAACGCGAAGAACGAAAGGCAGCACCUGCGCUCAAUCAUGCAAAAUCUUCUCCCGCGGACAUUCGAUUGCCAACAGAGAAAACUCGCUCGUAUUCUCUCCAGCCUGACGCAGACGUAGCGCAGGAGAUCUCACAAUUGAGGCGGGCUGAAACCAUGCCAUAUGGUAAAGCUUCCCGCACGGAACAAUCUGCCCCGUACAAGCGUCCAGACGCUCGACAGACUGAAAUGUCUGAGGGUCUGCCCACCCCAGCAGCAACACCUGGAGCGACGCCGGAUCACAGUGGCGCAGCAGCUGCAGCCAAGUCCUCCAAGUAUCGCUAUGGUAGGCAAUAUGCAGAUGACGAAGAAUAUCCCACGCCUGAUGGGUAUCGUACCGAACUGCGAUCGCCAGAAACUCGACAACCCAGUGGUUCCACUCGACCCGCCUACACGCGCAAGGUCACACGCUCGCCGUCGCCGGUCAAGGAUGUCCGAGAUCGCGAGACACGCCACCCGCGUGAGGACCGCGAGAGGCCUCGCACGACCUCAGCGAGAUAUCCGGAUACCACACGACCACCACUGCAGCCCAGUCGCACAACAAGUUACGUCUACACACCUGGUCAAGGCGUUGAGCCUACGGCGUAUGGACGACAGAGACCGGGAGAUGAACGUGAUCGCAGCCCUCGCGAAACUGUGAUGCCACCUCUUCAUACCGAUAUUAGGAAUGAGAGCCGUCCUACUUCUGGCUCACCACGCCAAAAGUAUGGCGCGUAUGCACCGCCUGAAGACAAUCCGCGCGAGAGCGUUCGUUAUGCGCCUCGCAUGCGGCCAGAGGAUCUCAAAGUGCGGUCGGGCCAAGGCUACAGCAGACAACACAGCAGCGAUAGGCCUCCGUUGAGUAGGAAUGGCAGCGGAAAUACCAUUCAUACCGGGGUUCGCGCCUAA